CUCUGCAUUCAGUUUGCAUCACUAUCUGGCAGCCAUAAUGGCAGUAACUUCAUAUAAUGAACACAUUAGUUUUAUUUUCUUCUUUUUAAAUUGACAUCAUUGUGUGACAUUAGAGACAACACUGCCUGUGAAACUUCAGCACUUCAUAGCACCAGAUCAGUUUAAUUCUGCAAGUGUUGACAUUUUCCACAAAGAACAUGUUGGCCAAAGCUCUGUAUGACAACAAAGCAGAAUGCUCUGAUGAGUUGGCUUUUCGUAAAGGUGACAUCCUGACCGUGUUGGAGCAGAACAUUUUUGGAAGUGAAGGGUGGUGGAGAUGCUACUUACAUGGGCGUCAAGGCCUUGCCCCUGCCAACCGCUUGCAACUGUUCACCAUUAAUCAGAAUGAUUUCCCACUGACUGGCAGCCCCUGUGGCUCUCUAAGGAGACAGCCAAAGCAGCAGAACAUCUACCAGGUGCCUUCAGCAUCUAAAACUACAACCCUGUCAACAUACGAGGAUAUGGACAGCAUCUAUAUCACCCCCUCAUCACUAAACGUCUCUGGGGAAACUUACCAGUCUCCAGUUUCCCUGUCUGCCCAGAUAUUAUAUGAUAAAGCACACAGUUCUUCCAAUCAGCAUCUCCUUACACUUCCAAGGGCAAGUCGUGCUACGUCUGUCAUACAUCAGGAACUAUAUGAUAUCCCACCUUCCAAGCACUUCUCCAAGGGAAGUACAACACCUGUGAGUGGAUCAUCUCCAGUGUUCACAACUCCAGAGCAGACACAACAGCAGCAGCAGAUCUACGAUAUCCCAGCAAGCCAUGACAGUCCAGGAAGGGCCAACCUGAAGUAUCCUAAACCCACCAAUGUAUAUGAUGUUCCACCAACUGGCUUAUUUCAUCACAAAGAUGGCCAUGAUUCUACGCCUCUGUCAAGUCACUUCAAUACUCUGCCCAAUCCUCGCAAGUCUGAAUGGAUUUAUGAUAUUCCAGUAUCACCAGAAACAAAAUAUCAAAAAAGUCCAUGUCGUAAAUUUUCUGUAGACAGACAGCUGGUGUAUGAUAUACCACCAGCACGAUAUGGAUGUGGCGUGAUACAAGAAAGUUGUCAAAUAUAUGAUGUGCCACCUUUACAAAGAAACGUGUCAAUAGCAGACCAGACUGUUUAUGAUGUCCCUGUAUCGCAUGAUAUGAUAUCAGUGCAACAAAAUGGAAGUUCAAGGAAAUGUUCCUUAGGGUUCCUUCAGCAGAAGAGAGAGCAAAAUAAUUCCAAAGAUAAUGUUUAUGACAUUCCAAGAGGGCCAGCUGCAGUUACACUGCCAAAGAGUGAAUCAACAAGCCCUGUUUGUGAUGAGCGUAUCUAUGAUGUUCCACCUCCAUUGCCCAGGAACUUUAAACCAUCCAUAGACUUUUUAGAACAAGACAGGUUAUCAGUAUCAAGCUCAGAAAGUCGAACCAGCACUUUGUCUACAGCAUCUACCACUUCUAGUGAUUCUAUAAUUUUAUCAUCCCCAGAAGAUUCCAUCAAAGAAGUAACAUUGGAGCUUGAGGCGGCUGUCAAGAGACUAACCCAGCUACAAGAACGUGUGUCCAGCUCUAUAGCAAGCCUUAUGAUAUUUGUGAGUAGCAAGUGGAGGCUACAAGAGCACAUGGAAACAAACAUUGAAGAAAUUCACAGAGCUGUUGACAGCAUUGUCUCUUCACUGGGAAUGUUCAUUGACUUUUCACAAAGUAUCAAAGCUAGUGCCUGCAACCUAACAGACAAUAAUAUUCAAUUAAACAUUAAUAAGCAGUUGCAAAUUCUUACAGACUCUUCCUUGACCCUCUCAUGUAAUAGAGAAGCUAUCAGUCGAUGCAACUGGUCUCUGCAGGCACUUGUUAUCAAUAAGCCCCUUUCCACACCUGAUGAUCUAGAUCGAUUUGUGAUGGUAGCACGAACAAUCCCAGAUGACAUCAAAAGAUUUGUGUCUAUCAUCAUUGCAAACGGAAAACUCCUGUUCAGAAAGCAGGAAGAGGUGAAGAAAUGCAACUUGCAAAAUGAGCAGAAAACAGCACGUAAACUGCAAAUGCCUGCUCGCACUGAGGCAAAAGUGCUCCAUGGACACACAAGCCUGGCUAAAGCUGGAGAGAAAUCAAAAGAGAGAAAAUAUCCACUUACAAGACAGACGGCAAAAGAAGACAGUGAUUAUGUCCAUUUGCAGAAGAAAGAAGAAUUUGAAAAAAUGCUAAAAUCUUCUAAUCAACAACUUCAAAAUAAAACUUCUCCUGAAGAAAAGAGAAAAGGAUGGUUGAAACCGGAUCCCAUUAUAGCAGUGUGCAAAGAACAAGAAAAUAAUACAGACAUUGUAUUAACAAAGGAACCUGCACCUUCAGAGAAGGAAGACAACCUUCAAGGAGCAGAACCAACCAAGAAAAUCCCUCUUUCUGAACACUGUCACCUAUACUUUGGAGCUCUUCAAAAGGCAAUUGGUGUUUUCAACAACAGUCUUAGCUCUAACCAGCCACCAGAAGUCUUCAUUACUCAUGGCAAGCUUAUCAUCAUGGUGGGACAGAAACUGGUAGAUUACCUGUGCCAAGACGUGAAGGGCAAUGAUGCCCGUAGUAACAUUCUGCACAAGAGCAGUGAACUUUGCAGUUUACUUAAAAACUUGGCUAUGGCCACCAAGACAGCUGCAAUACAAUAUCCUAAUACAGAUACCAUGCGAGAACUGCAGAAGAGGAUUAAUGAGCUUUCCAACAAUAUACAGAUAUUCAGGUCAAUGGUGGAAUGACAGCUAAAGACCUUAAAUGGACAUUACAAAUACUGUAUUAUAAAAUAUAUAUCUAAAAACUUUAUUGAAACUGUAACAUAUUUCUUUACAAAAAAAUGGCUAAAGGAGAAAGACUACACUGGCCCCAUCUGUUUUCUGAGAUCCCCUGUAUGCAUUUAUUUAUUUUUUUAUUUUCACAUGCAGAUGCCCAAACAACAACAAAUCCAUUGUCAAAAUGUAUAGCUAUGCAAAUAAAUAUAAAUUUAAUACA